UCAAAGAAUUACAGUGAAGUACGUGGCCAAGUGUAAUUUGGUGUUAGUCCUGGUAGUGGUCGCAUUUUAUCUAAACGUCGUACGUUCAGAGUCCCAACAAAAAAUUGAAAUGUAUCGGAAGAGCGUAAGCGUCUGGCUAAGAGAAGUUAAUAUGGAUUUAUCAGAUUUUAAUUCGGUUGCUGCGUCGCUAACAUGGAAAUUAGCCACCGCUCCCGAUGAAACAACAUCCAAUCGAGCUAUGGAACUGGGAGUCGUACGCAACAAGUGGAAAAAUAAGGUGUGCGACUCCCGGGUAAGAAAAUAUUGGCUGGCGCCUAAUGCGAGCCGGAUGAUGUAUUUGCUUUGUAGAGGUCCGCGAUUUUCUGAGGAGUUGUCCAGAUCAUAUAUGGAUAUAAUGGGACGAUUGGCACAAAACUACAAUUCAGAAAUAUGCUUCAACCGCUCUGAUUCUGAAAUGCUACGCGCCCUUAAUAUUUCAGGACAGUGCGUUUAUGGGGAGCCUGAUUUGGAAUGGCUCAUUAAACGAACGGAUCUAAGUGCCGAGCAGCUGAAGUGGAUAUGGACCACUUGGCACAAUUUUGUAGGUCCUAAGAUCGGAUCACUGUAUCCAGUCGCUGUUAAAUUGCAGAAUAUGGCUGCGCAAGGAAAUGGAUACAACAGUAUGGCUGAAGUAUGGCAGGAGGAAUUGGAAAUUUCAAAUUUGGAGAGUAAAGUGUUUAAGUUGUACGAUCAAAUUAAGCCCCUAUACAUGUUGUUGCAUGCAGUUGUACGCCACAAGCUCUUUCAAAAAUAUGGUUCGACCAUCGUGGAUCCAAAAGGUCCGAUUCCAAUACACUUGCUAGGAAAUAUGUGGGGACAAGAUUGGUCGCAGUUAAUAAACCUGUUCGAUUUCGGAACUAUGAAAGUAAAUCUAGAAACCAAUUUAAUGCAGAAGAACUGGACAGUAAUAGACAUGGUUUUAAGAGCAGAAGAUAUGUACACUUCGUUGGGCUUACCAAAAAUGACAGAGAAAUUUUGGAAAUAUUCAAAGUUUCAAGAAAAUUCCAAUAUGUCGGUUUGCCAUGGAACCGCAGCUAAUUUGUACGAACGUGAUGAUUUCAGAAUGUUACUUUGCGCAAAGGUAACAAUGGAGGAUUUUUAUAUCGUAGACCACGAAAUGGGGCACAUAGAGUACUACAUGGCGUAUCAAAAUCAACCUGCGAUCUUUCAGGACGGCUCAAGCUCCGCAUUCCAUGAAAGCAUAGGCGAUGCGAUAAUGAACGGCGUUAUGGUACCUCAGCACCUUUAUCGACUCGGUCUCAUAACAGACGAUCAGCUAUUUAACACUGGCUUAGGGGACUUCUUACUUUUGCAACAGGCUCUUUCCAAAAUUCCCGAAUUACCAUAUUCUUUAAUAAUCGACAAAUACAGAUGGGAUAUAUUUAAAGGGAGAAUAGUACAAGAAAAUUACAAUAAAGAGUUUUGGGAUUUGAAUUACAAAAUCCGAGGGGUAAGUCCUCCAGAAACUCGAGGGGAAAAAUAUUUUGAUGCCGGUGCUAAAUUUCACGUUCCAGAUAAUACACCAUAUAUCAGAUACUUUUUGGCCGGCUUUUUGCAAGUGGACAUGUUUAAUAGUUUAUGUAAAUUGGCAGUUUGUGGAAAAAAUGGAGAUGGCAAUAUGAGUAAUUAUUGCCCGUACAUUCCACUGCACUUGUGUGAUAUAUAUGGAUCUAAAAAAUCCGGAAAGAAGCUCGAAGAAAUGAUGUCUUUUGGAUCAAGUCAACCCUGGACCGAAACUCUACAAAUAUUAACAGGGAAGACUUAUAUCACGGCAGAUCCAUUGCUACAAUAUUACCAACCAAUGUAUAAGUGGUUAAACAAUUACAUAAACUUACAUAAAAUUCCAGUUGGAUGGUGAAUGUGAAAGUAGUGUAUAAUUGAACAAUGUAUAAAUUACUGAUUUAUUUACGCUAUGAACUGCGAAUUAUCCUAGAUCCCCAAAGAAAUAAAAAAUUUAAAAAAGUUUUCGCAUUAAAGCGAGUAACUUUGGCGCAUUUUUCCACAUAUGUAUACAAAGGAUAAUAAGUUAAGGCACAAAUAUUCUUAUAAAUAAGACAUUUAACACUGCACAGUUUGCGCAUGCCCACAUCUGAUAAUUAUUAAAAUAUGCGACAUGUUUGCAUUUACUAGGACUAUCUUUGGUUCAGAAAUAAGAUGUUGACAUUGUUCAGUUUGCGCAUGCGCAAAUUAAUCGUCAAGAUUUUUCUUGGCUCAUGUACCAGAGCGAUAAGCUACGAAAUGCAAAAAGAAUGAACUAAAUAUCUUGAAAACUGUAGGAGCAGUUAUGACCUUUGGAACGGACAAAAAGUGGCCAUAAGAACGCCAUCCAACAUGAGUUGGAAAAUGCGCUAAAAGGCUACGGUGAAGCUUUUGUAUAUUUUCACGUAGACAUACGGUGUAGAAAUAGAUUUCUUAGCUAGCACCUACAGUUUUUGAGAAAUAUCACACAGUCUCUUCUACUGUCAAGAAUUUGAUACUAAAUAAUAGUAAAACUGUUUAGUUUAGAUAGUAUGAGCAAAGAGUGGGUACUCUUUGGUAUGAGAUGUCACCACUAAACUUGUCUCACCUUACCAGAUGUACCCACCCAAAUCAUAUAAAAGAGAGCAUCCGACUUGUCAGAGGAGAUUUUAGCGCACCUUUCCUUGGUUUCAAACUAACCAACAAAUCCAGACCAACCACACCAGAAUGUUUCCAGAUUUCUUGCAUAUAACAACUCCGAACUAUCCAGAAAUUCACGACCGGUAUGGUACAGCCUAUUCAUCAGGCUUUGGAUUUCAAUUAUUACUAACCCCUUAGACAGAUUUAAAAAUAUUUGGAAUUAUACAGGGUGCGCCCACAAAGUAGGGCCCCCAAAUGGUACAUUUUUU